CUAAUUCAAUCAUCAGUUAGUUUCAAAGCGUUGGUGUUCUAUCCUCGUUGCACCUUAGCCAUCAUGAAGUUUUUCCUCGUUCUUGUAGGGGCUGUCUGCCUUGCAGGCUCCAUCCACGCCCAGUCUACCCUUGGCACUACCGUGACUAAUGCCAUCAACACUUCCAAGGCCAGUGUGAACACAGCGAUUCAGCAACUGAACAGCACCAUCAACGCUGCCGAUCAAUCCGUUGCGACAGCAUACACCCAAUUCACCCAGUCCUUGGCAGCCUUGUACCAGACGUACUACACCCGUUUCCAGAACUACACCACGAUCGAUUUGAGCACUCUCAGCCAAACCAUCCAGAAUUUGCCAACCAUGAUGAGCCCACCUCAGCCAAUCCAAGACUGGAGCACCAAUCAGAUCUUCACCGAUGUCCAAAGCAGUGUUCAGCAGGUCGAAACUACCCUCAACGCAGCUGUCCAGACUAUGACCAACUCCUGUGCGCCACCCUGCGCCAACGCUGCCAAGGUUGCCACCUGCACAACCAAGUGGGGCCCUAAGCUGUCGACUGCCCCGAUCACCAUUGACCGCAUCACCGACUGCGUCACCGCCGAAUUGGUUCGCUUCUCUGACAUCGGAUCCAACAUGGCUUCCAUGUACACCAACCUGCUCACCAGUGCUUCGAACUACCUCAAGGUUGUGGACGUUUGCGACACUCCGGCUGCCGAUGUCCUGAACAACCCAUCCCCGAUGUACGGAUCUCCGUCUAUCCAGUGUCUGAAUACUUACCUCCAGAGAAUCAGCUACAUGCCGGUCAACUCCUACGUAGUCGACAGCAUGCGUUAUCCCCAGACGUACCUGAUCCAAUUCCGUGUGCAGCGUUGCGCCAAGCUGGUUGAGCUGGAUGUCAAGGACCGUGUCGCCAAGGUGCUGGAAAGUUUCCAGAGCUGCCUGUAAAUUGGUGGACGGAUGCCAGAGUUAUCACGAAGACUUGAACCAUGGUAACGUUGCUGCAAGAUGACUAACGAUGUUCGAAAUUU